UCAUCCUUAAGCAAACAGCAAAACAAUAGUGUUCAUCCUUAGCUUCUUAAUUAUUAUUUUUCAUGACUGAAAAAGAUGGACAAAGAUCAACUAAUCGUCCUCUGGAACCGCCUAAUGAGGCCUUGCCAUGGUGUUACAAUCAACUUGUGGGAUCAAACAAUCCCAAGAAAACAAGCUGGCCGGAGUUGGUAGGCACCACUUCCGAAGAAGCAAAGAAGAAGAUAAAGGAGGAGAUGACUGAGGCUGAUAUCCAGGUGAUUCCACCGGGUUACUUUGUCACUGCAGAUUUUCGAUCUCAACGCGUUCGAAUUUAUGUUGAUCAAUCUGACAAGGUCAUUAGGACUCCCAUCAUUGGCUAGCUUUUCCAGUCCAUCUCGCUAAUCCCUCUAAGCAUAUAUUUAAAUCAUAUAUAUUACACUUUGGUGAUGGAUGUUACUGUACAUUGUUGUAAUAAGGUCUGCUUUUUUAUGCAGCCAAAUGUUUUAAUUAUAUGGUUUUAUUCGCAAUGACGAUUGGUAUAAUUAGAACUAAGAAAUAUUUCGUUUUACUGG